CGAUGCCGACCGAGACGGCGCGAACGCACGCGCGCGGGCUCGUGGAUUAUCUCAACGACGCGUGGACGGCGUACCACGCGACGCGCGCGACGUGCGAGGCGCUCGCGCGGCGAGGAUUCGUCGAGCUCGACGAGCGCGCGACGUGGUCGUUGGCGCGCGGGGGGAGGUACUUUUACACGCGGAACGCGUCGGCGGUGGUGGCGUUCGCGGUGGGGGGUGGAUACGAACCGGGAGAUGGGUUCGUGAUCGUCGGCGCGCACACGGACUCGCCGUGUCCGAAGCUGAAGCCGAACACGCGCGUGGAGGGGGGCGACGAGGUGCGCGUGCGCGUGCAGCCGUACGGCGGCGGGCUGUGGCACACGUGGUUCGAUCGCGAUUUAGGGAUCGCGGGACGGGUGGUGGUGAAAUCGUCGCACACGGGGGAGAUUUUGCAUCGAUUGGUGCGGAUAGAUCGGGCGGUGUGUCGGAUUCCGACGCUGGCGAUUCACUUGGAUCGAAACGUCAACAGCGAGGGGAUGAAGGUGAACUUUCAGCAGCACAUGGCGCCGAUUUUGGCGACGCGCGCGAAGGCCGAAGCGAAAGACGACGACGAGGGUGGGGAGAAAACGACGGCGAGCGACGGUAAGGGGUCGAGCGAACGGCAUCACCCGCUGCUGCUGACGUUGCUCGCCAAGGAACUCGGGUGCGCGCCGGGCGACAUCGUCGAUUUCGAUCUACAGCUGUGCGACACGCAACCGAGCGCGAUCGGUGGGGCGCAGAAUGAGUUCAUUUACAGCGGCCGUUUGGAUAACCUGGCGAGUUGUUACACAUCGUUGCACGCGCUGAUGAACGCCUCGACGGAUGAGGCGUUGGCGGACGCGCGAGGCGUGCGCAUGAUUAUGCACUUUGACCACGAAGAAGUCGGAAGCGAGUCUUCGAGCGGCGCCGCGGGCGCGAUGACCACGGACGCGAUCAAACGCAUCGCAGCUGCGCUGAGCCAAGGAAGCGUGGAAGGCUUGGACGAGCGCACGCGCCGCGCGUCGUUUUGCGUCAGCUCCGACAUGGCGCACGCCUUGCACCCAAACUACGCCGAUCGACACGAACCGGCGCACGCGCCGAAAAUGCACGGCGGCUUAGUCAUCAAGCACAACGCCAACCAGCGUUACGCCACCGAUGCCGUGACGGCAUUCAUGUUCCGCGAGAUUGGCGAGCGCGCGGGCGUUCCCGUGCAAGAGUUCGUCGUGCGAAGCGACACCGGUUGCGGUUCCACCAUUGGGCCGAUUUUCUCCACCCGAACCGGCAUUCGCACCGUGGACGUCGGCGCCGCGCAGCUUUCCAUGCACUCCAUCCGCGAAGUCUGCGGCGCUGACGACAUAGACCACGCCGUGAAGCACCUCACCGCGGUUUACCUCCACUUUAUCGAUCUCGAUCGCACCCUCAUAGUCGACGGAGCCAUCGGCACGCUGUGUCGCCCGUGCGACGUCUUCGAAUCGGCGACGUCCAAGCUCUCCCUCGACGUCCGAGACGACGCCGCCGACGACGCUCGCACGUACGCCGAGUGA